AUGGUGAAGCUCAAGAUGCUCGCCUGGACGUGCCUAUUGCACCUGGCGGGGGCACAGAACUCGACAUACAUCAAUCCAAUGAUAUCGGGCUGGGCUUCGGACCCAAGCUGCAUCCGCGUUGACGAAACAUUCUUCUGCGCUCUAUCGACCUUCAUCGCCUUCCCUGGCCUGCCAAUAUACGCUAGCAACGAUCUAGUGAGCUGGAAACUCAUCUCCCACGCCUGGAACCACGACUCUCAACUCCCAGGCUUCGGCCUGCAGACUACGAACCAGCAAGGAGGAAUGUAUGCCCCGAAUCUUCGCCACCAUGAAGGCGUGUUCCAUACGACUGACCCGUUCGAGAACGCGGCAUGGUCAGAUCCCGUCAUUUACAACUCGUCCUCAAUAGACCCUGACAUGUUCUGGGAUGACGAUGGCAAAGUCUAUCUCACAUCCGCGGGAAUCAUACAGCAGGAGAUAGACCUCGAGACCGAAAACGUCACCGAACCUGUCAACAUCUGGAACGGUACUGGAGGUGCUAGUCCUGAAGGUCCUCACAUCUACAAGAAAGAUGGAUUCUACUAUCUCAUGAUCGCCGAAGGAGGGACAGAGCUAGGCCACUCAGUGACCAUUGCGAGGUCGAUGAAUGUCUCUGGUCCUUGGGAGAGCUACGAGAAGAACCCCGUGCUUAGCAAUGCCAACACCACCGAGUACUUCCAAACAGUAGGACAUGCAGACCUGUUUCAAGAUAAGAACGGCAAAUGGUGGGCAGCGGCUCUCUCGACUCGCUCCGGGCCAGAGUGGAAAAUUUACCCCAUGGGUCGCGAAUCGGCGCUCACAGCCGUGACUUGGGACGAGGGAGAGUGGCCCGUCUUCUCCAACGUAUCUGGAAUCGAAAACGUCUGGCCAUUACCUCCUUCCAACCUCUCGAUUCCCGGCCCAGGUGCCUUCAACGACGAUCCCGACAUCAUCGACUUCGCACCCAACACCUCCAUCCCGUCCCACUUCUACUUCUGGCGCCACCCAGCCCCAGGAACCUUUACAGUCUCUCCAGCAGGCCACCCAAACACCCUGACCAUCACGCCCCAGCCCGUGAACCUCACCGGCAUCGCAACAAGCAACUCCACCGCCCUAAACGGCCAAGCUGGCAUUCCCUUCAUCGGCCGCCGCCAAACGUCCACACUGUUCACCUUCUCCGUCGACCUCCUGCCUCCAGCACUCCCCUCCAUCGAAACCGGCCUAAGCGUCUUCCUAACCCAGCAAGACCACCUAGACCUCGCCAUUUCCCACAACAACGAGUCUCUCACAGCGACGUUGAGACUCUACGCCACACCCGUCGAUACCACAAGCAACUUGAACAAAUACACAGAAUAUCAGACUCUAGCCACAACUCAUGCUUUGCCUCCGCCCUGGAGGGACGAGAAGCUGCGUCUGGGGAUCUGGACGCCGAAUGCGACGCACUAUGGAUUUACUGCUGCACUAGCAGAGGAUAGCAAUAGUAGGGUGAUCUUGGGCUACGCAGAGGCUGAGCGCGUGAGUGGAAGAUCUGGUCGAUUCACUGGGGUUCUGCUAGGUGCGUAUGCUACCUGUAACGGCGCAGGCAAUGGGUCAAGGUGUGGAGAGCAAGGAGAUGCGUAUUCCAGUCGAUGGAGGUAUGAGGAUGUCGCGCAGUAUGUUGCGGAUGGAGUCGUUGGGCCGCCGAAGAAAUGA